AUGGUUUUUGUUCCUCUGCAAGCUGCUAGGUCGAAAUACUAUGACGAACGCGAAGACCUGCUGAAGGAAUUAUUUGGAGAAAUCUACACACUGAUGCAGAUCAAACGAGUCACGGAUUCACGCCAUCCAGACGUCUCAUGCUGUGGAGCUGUUGCUCUCAUGUUUUCGAGUGCUACCUUGCUG